UUAGUCUAGAUUGCGAGAUCAGAGAAGUAAUACAUAAGAUCGUUGCAUACAUGAAUUGCAGAGUUGGAAUAAAUUUACUUUUGUUACUCUCGUGGAGCAUCAUUAAAGCGGAGGAUCUUACAAAUGAUGGAGAUGGAGCACAUCCUGCAAGAGGACAGUUGGGAAAACUUCACGAAAAGGCUGAACAGCUUAUUGCAAGUCUGAAAGUGGAACUCAGCCAGUUGGGAGCCAGUUUAACUACAGCAGCAACUGCGAAGACUAAGCAGACAGGUUAUCCGCCCUCCUGCCUGGCGGCAAUGAUUAACACGGAUGGCAUACACACUGUUCGGGUGGCGGGUCUGGAGCCUUUUCCGGUGGCAUGCGAUACCCGUACGGCUGGCGCCGGCUGGACAGUCAUCCAGCGUCGUCAGGAUGGCAGCGAGAACUUUUAUCGCAGCUGGGCCGAAUACCGGGCCGGAUUUGGCAAUCUGAGUGCUGAGUUCUUUAUGGGCCUGGAGCCGCUGCACCUUAUGACGCAUGCAGAGCCCUACGAGCUGUACAUACACCUGGAAGACUUUGACGGGGAGACGCGCUAUGCCAAAUACGAUAGGUUCGUCGUGGCCAACGAGUCCGAUUCGUAUGCCCUGAGCGGAUUGGGCAAAUACACGGGCGAUGCCGGGGAUGCGCUGAGCUAUCACGUGGGCAUGCCGUUCUCCACAUACGACAACGACAAGACCCGUAACCGCUGCGCCCUGACCUAUGUGGGUGCCUGGUGGUACAAUUCCUGUCAACAUAGCAAUUUAAAUGGCCAGUACGUGGAGGGCGGCAGCUAUGAAAGAAAGCUAUCGGGCCGGGGAAUUUGCUGGAAGAGCUGGCGGGGCUACGACUACGGCUACAAGCUGACACAAAUGAUGAUAAGGCCAAGGUGCCGAGCAGCUUCAACGGCCGCCUGAGGCCAUCGAUUUUUUUAUUUAUUAGUAUUUAGCGUUUGCCAUUAAAUUAUUGAUCGAUUUGCCGUUGAAUCAUGCAUCGAAA